GUAAACCGUUCUACGGCAAGCGGGAGGGAACGUUUAUCUAUUUGCGUUUUGUUCUCUGUUGGAUUUCUCCGGAUUUAGUUGAACAAAGUUCCGUGAAUAAUUUAGUUGUGUUCAGAUUAGUGGGGGGGCAGGCUAAUGAACUUUUGACAUCGUUGCAGACCUCGGCGACGACUAAGGAAGAAAAAGUUAGCGAAGACCGUGCAAGUUAGCCGCACAGCUAAAACCAAACGUAGCCGGUAGCUAGCUGCGUGGGCUCACGUGGCUGGUUCACUUAAAGGUAUUACAUGUAAACUAGCAGAUGACAAUGUGAGACGAUGGUAAUGUUAAGGGAAGGGAUGUGUCCUGGACUGCACGAGGAUUUAGUCCGCGACCUGCGUGGUGCUGGUGUUAAAACAGUGGAGGACCUGGUCUCAUCUGACAUCGAGGAGCUCGCUCAGAAAUGCUCCGUGUCCUACAAGGCGCUGUUUGCCAUCCGCCGGGUGCUGCUGGCCCAGCACACAGCCUUCCCCGUGUCGGGCGCCGAUUUGUACGAGGAACUACUGAGCUCAACAGCCAUCCUCUCCACUGGAAAUCCCAGCUUAGAUAAACUGCUGGAUUCGGGCCUGUAUACUGGAGAGAUAACGGAGCUGUCAGGAGGCCCGGGAAGUGGCAAAUCUCAGGUGUGUUUUGGUGUUGCAGUGCGCAUUUCUCACCACCUUAAGCAGAGCGUAAUAUACAUCGACACGACGGGAGGACUGACUGCCAGCCGCUUGCUCCAAAUGCUACAAGCAGAAACGAGCAACGCCGAAGAGCAGAUGGAGGCUCUUCAGAGGAUCCACAUCUUCCGCCUGUUUGACGUAUAUUCUGUACUUGACUGUCUGCACAGCCUUUGCAGCGGUGGGCUUCAGCGGGCGUCUGUUGGCGGUGGCUCUGUCAAGGCAGUGAUCUUGGACUCGGUGUCAGCUGUUAUCUCCCCUCUACUGGGAGGCAAGCAGAAUGAAGGCAUGUCCUUGAUGAUACAAGUGGCAGGAGUUCUCAAGACGAUGGCAAAGGACUUCAAUAUUGCAGCUUUGGUAACAAACCAUGUCACCAGAGGUGGCAGCGGGGAGGUGCAGCCGGGGCUCGGUGUCACAUGGGCUCACAUCCCUAGAACCAGGGUCCUGCUGGAGCGGGUGGAGAAUGCUGUGUCACUCCACGGCCACUCCAGUCUGCGCUCUGCAACACUGAUCAAGUCUUCCAGACAGGCUUGUCACAUCAAAGAACAAUUUGACUUGCAGUGGUGGAGCCGCUCUCCAGACAGAUCGUCAGGAAAACGGAAACUAGAGGAGACUCAACUGGAAUCUUCUGCCUAAAUGUCGCACCAAAGGGAGGCACUAUGCGUCUCCUCCGGAUACAUUCCCAGAUCCAGCUGGGUGUAACCUUCUGGGCCUGGCUGUCCCCUUCAGGGUCAGACAGAGUGUGCGUGGCUGAGGCGGCGUCGUAGUCCGGUACAAGGUCUCCGUCGUACGCCACGAAGUAGCGCCUUAGUUUGGCAAAGUCCUGUACUCCCUCGGGCAGGAAAAGCUUCACGCCGCUGAAGAUGUCCAGCAGAGUCUACAAGCAGACGCGCAACUGAUAAGCCAACGUCCUCAAGCAUUAGUUUCCCUCAAUGUGGGAGUUGUGUUCACGUUUCAUUUUAGUUCAUGUUCUUGCGCAACUCUGAUUAUUCAGUUUCUAAAACAUGUAGACUACAAAUACUCAAUUAUGUGGAUUCUCAAAAAAAACAAAGCAUUCAGUCUGCGAUAAAGGUGAAUAUAUAAUUUUAACUGGGCUAGUUACAUCUAGGCUGAUUAAUUAGAAACUGUCAGGCUAAAUGUGGCAUUAAGCCUCAGUAAAAUAUAAAAUGAUUUUUUUUAUUAAAUCUACUUUAGCACCACAGCUUUGUCCUGAUUUGAAUACAGAAGAUCAGCUUCAAACUUGGAGUUCUGUUUUUUUUUUUUACCAACCUUAUCGUUUCUUGGCUCCAGUAGUUGAGAGGUUGCCUUUGCUUUGGAUUGACCAUUGCUGUCAACGCUUUCACUCUUUGCCUGGUAAAAACAGACCAUGCUCAUCACUGGUGCAUGUGGUUUAGCUUGUACAGCUAACAAAAACAAAGUUAGCAAAUAUGCUCGUGUCUGUAUAUGUUGUGAACACUGAUACCUUUUUGGCUCGAGGUGGCUCUGAGUCAGGAGUGCGAGGCUGGGAUUUCACCACCUUUGGUUUGGGUGAAGAAAUGUUACCUGUAAAGUCAUGCAUGUAAAUUAUGAGUUAGAAAUGUGAGUUUUUUUGUAUAAACAUACAGAGACAGUUUUGAAGGAUACCAUGUUUGAACUGUUCCUACACAAACUCUAUGAAACAAUAAAGGCAUCAUUGUUUUUGUUA